GAGGGGACCAGGGAAACGGUCGGACCGCCGGAUGUGGGAAAAUGUGUUCGAACUGAGGCAGGAAACAACACAGCAGGAUUAAAGUGUGUUCGAGUUGUGCUGUCUUGGGUGUUAUACUUCAGAUCGUGGGGGACUGGCAACGUCUUACAGAUUUGCUUCAAUGUCCAGAUGAGCAACUUCUUCAACGAGUAACCAAGGAUUAGACAUCGGUGGAUAUUUGCGCCAUGAAUCCGUCCAAUCCGUUUGGGAGUCCUCAAGGUGGAGCUUUCCAAGCCCCUAGCAACACUAUGAAGACUGGCUUGUUCCCAUCAUUUGGACAGCAGAGCUCCAACAAUCAGCCACAGGGUUUUUUUCAACCAUCAGCUUUUGGUCAGCCUUCUGUCUUGAAUCAGCCCUCACCUCAUGGAAACACGGUGUUUGGACAGGCCCCAGCCUUUGGACAGACGUCUGCACAGCCUUCCUCCUUGUCCACAAUAAGCCAGGCUCCAGCGUUUGGACAGAUGUCUGCACAGCCUUCCUCUAUGUCCACCAUAAGCCAGAAUCCAGCGUUUGGACAGAUGUCUGCACAGCCUUCCUCUUUGUCCACAAUAAGCCAGGCUCCAGCGUUUGGACAGAUGUCUGCACAGCCUUCCUCCUUGUCCACAAUAAGCCAAGCUCCAGCAUUUGGACAGAUGUCUGCACAGCCUUCCUCCUUGUCCACAAUAAGCAAGGCUCCAGCAUUUGGACAGAUGUCUGCACAGCCUUCCUCCUUGUCCACAAUAAGCCAGGCUCUAGCAUUUGGACAGAUGUCUGCACAGCCUUCUUCUUUGCCCACAGUAAGCCAGGCUCCAGUGUUUGGACAGAUGUCUGCACAGCCUCCUUCUUUGCCCACAGUAAGCCAGGCUCCAGCGUUUGGACAGACAUCUGCACAGUCUUCCUCUUUGUCCACAGUAAGCCAGGCUCCAGCUUUUGGACAGACGUCUGCAAAGCCUUCCUCUUUGCCCACAGUAAGCCAGGCUCCAGCAUUUGGACAGACGUCAUUAGGAAUGAGUAGCUCAGGCUUUGGGAGAGCCUCAGCACCAGCUUUUGGACAGACCAGUGGACCGAACCAAAGUUCAGUGUUUGGGCAGAUGCCAGCAUUCGGGCAGACUUCUGCAUUUGGUCAAGCAGCAGGAUUUAGCCAGCAGGCCCCAGGGUUCGGCCAACAGCCGCCUGGAUUUGGAAAGUCCCAAAUGGCCUCUGGAUCCACCACUGCCUCAGGGCAACCUCAGCCACUUGCAUUUGGGCAGUCUGCUUUUGGGCAGCCUACUUCUACCAGUGUCACCACUACUGUAUUUGGCACAGGUCAGAGUGUGACCCAGAGCAAAACCUUUGGACCAUCUGAGUUCAGUUUCAAGCCCGCCAAUGAGGCCCUCUUCAAACCUAUCUUCAGUGCCAGCCCUGAGCCUACUAACCCUCAAACCACAUCCAUGUCCAGCUCACCGUUUGGCAGCAGUGGGAACCAGACAAGCUCCAGCAGCACCACCACUCUGUUGACAAGUUCGAAGUCUGGGCCACUGGGCUUCAGCUUCUCACAGCCUGCUGCAGCCCCCUCUGUCUCUGCUCAAAACAAUCCACUAACAACUAGCAAUACCAGUGGCCCUACAAAUACUCUGCAGUUCACCUUCUCCCAGCCAGCCCCUCCUUCCAGUUCAAGCACCACCAAGGCGUCUACGACCGAGCCCACCACCCCAUCUUCUUUCAGCUUUUCAGUUAAGCCCCCCCAGCCACAGACAACACCUCUUUUUGGAGGAAGCGGUUUUGGUCAGCGCCCAGAUUUUGGUGACACCCAAGGUCAAGCAGAGACCAGCACAGAUGCAAAAAGGAACAAUCUUGAGGCCUUAGGGGAAACAAAUAUAUUUGCAAGACUUGGCAAAGCCACAAAGCGCAAGGAGGAUCCAGUGGUCCACAGCCGUGGCCUCGAGAAGCCUGACACUGAGGAGGAUGUUCCAGCAGAAUCAGAUUUACCGAGACACCCCUCAAAGAGGCCCCUAAUGAGGUCCCGUGGCCCACUGGGAGGCUUAUUCGGUAGGGCACUAAGUGGUCUCCGUAAAGAAGGCACUAACACAGUAAGGCGAGAGGCCAUAAAGGAGACUAAGCAGGAGGCACUGAGGUGGGAGGAGACAGAAAAGGAAGAUGUCCAAGGACAGGAUGACAACCUGGCUGCUACACCACCCGCUGGACCAGCCCUCUCCAGGGAUGUGCUGGACAAAGCUGAGGAGUCAGAAUCUGCAAAAGCUGCUGACCCUCAGCUCCAAGCUGUCACCCCUGUGAAACGUGGUGUGCGCAGGGAGAGCUCUGAGAGCCUCAGCGGCAUGUCUCCCACUGACUGCACCUCCAUCCAGUGCAGGAACGUUCCUCAAGGCCUGAACAAAAAGGACAUAAUCGAGAAACACUUUGGUCGUUUCGGCAAAGUCUCCAAGGUUUUUUGUCGACCUACCAAGAACCUGGCCAUCGUGCACUUUGAAGACCAUGCAUCAGCAGCAAAGGCCAAGAAGAAAGGCAAGAUCCUUCAUCGACAUGAACUCUUGCUCUUGUGGCAGAGAAAGAAACAGAGUCCAGGGGAGAAAGGAAGCAGACCUGCAGCAGGAAAUGUGGAGGCACAGGGAGAAAGCCAGGAGGACACAGAGUCCAGAGCUGCUUCCUCGCCCAUCAGAAGACCUCCACUCAGAGCUCCUGCAGUCAGCAAGUCCUUGACCUUUAGCCGCAGCUCCCCAGUGAAGAAGUCAACAUUGGCCAAGCAGUUUGAUGUUGAACCCAAGAUAGAAGUCAGCGUAGAGUCCCAGAGCUCAGAGCGCCCAGUGCCCUCCUCCCUCCUUCACCUCAUUGACCAGGUGGCAGAGAGCGCUGAGGAAAAGUACCGCCUCCUGGAGCAACGAGACAAGGUCCUACGUCAAGUUUAUGGUACAGGUCGGCCCAAGCGAACAGACCUGGACCUGUCCAAGGUGUUUGUGGGGUCAUGUCCUGACAUGUGUCCAGAAAAGGAGAGGUACAUGAGAGAGACACGGAACCAGCUGAGCAUAUUCGAGGUCGUCCCAGACACAGAGAUGGUGUGUCACGCUGCAGCAAUCAAAGAGUACAGUCGCUCAUCAGCCGACCAGGAGGAGCCCCUGCCUCAUGACUUGCGCCCCCUACCUGUGCUCAGCAUGACCAUGGACUAUCUGGUGACUCAGAUCAUGGACCAGGGCGCUGACAACUACCGCGACUGGUACGACUUUGUCUGGAACAGGACCCGUGGCAUCCGUAAGGACAUCAUCCAGCAGCACCUGUGCUGCCCACACACAGUGUCACUGAUUGAAAAGUGCACGCGCUUCCAUGUGCACUGCGCCCACCAUCUCUGUGAGGAGCAUAUGUCGUCGUUCGAUGCCAAGAUCAACAACGAGAACAUGACAAAAUGCCUGCAGAGUCUAAAAGAGAUGUAUCAGGACUUAGCAACACGUCAAAUCUACUGCCCCUGCGAGGCAGAGUUCCGCCAGUACAACGUGCUGCUGAGGCUGGAUGAUGGCGACAUCCUGCGUGAGGUGCAGCAGUUCCGCGAUGACGUGCGUAACUCGCCUGAGGUGAAGUUUGCAGUUCAUGCGUUCGCUGCAGUCAACAGCAACAACUUUGUGCGCUUCUUCAAGCUGGUGAAAGGAGCCUCGUACCUCGCCAGCUGCCUCCUACACAGAUAUUUCAAUCAGGUCAGAGCUAAGGCCUUAAAGACCCUGAGUAUCGCUCACACUGUAGGUCCACGGUCCACUACAUUUCCAGUUGAGGACAUUACUCGGAUGUUUAUGUUCCUCAACACAGCAGAAGCAAUUGACUUCAUCCAGCAGUACGGCCUUAAUGUCAAUGAUGGUAUGGUUGAGCUGAGUCGGACGGCAUAUCAGGAGCCAGAGCUGCCUCUGUCCCAGAAGAAGUCUGAGUUCAUCCUCGUAAAGAAAACAGUGUUGAUUGGGGAGGUGGUGAACGGAGGCUCACUCCCUAGUCCUCCCCAGCACACCCCGGUCAGCAGCUUUGACUCCCAGAACAAGUUCCGUGGAGAGGCCCCUCUGGCUGAGCCCUCCUCAAGCCAGUUCAGAGCUCUCACUGCCAAGAUGGAGAUGAAGGCAUCGCCCAGCGUUGCGUCUGUGUCCCAGGUCGGAUCACGUCUCGACGCUCCCUCUGAGUGUGUGCUGCCCCCAACUGCAACAAAAGUGCAGAGUGAAUCACAUUUCGGGUCACCCCACCCGGCAGAUGCCGAGCAGCUCUUCCAGCCGAUACCCGAACCUCAGCCUGUCAAAGCACCAUCUCCCCCGGCCGCACCUCAGCCUGUGUACAGCAAUGAGGACAUAAUGGCUGAGCUUGAAGGUGUGAUUGAAGAGGUGGUCGAAGCAGCAGUGAAGGAAGUAGCUGUCGUUGGUGCCAGCUACGCAUCAACGGCUCUUGCUGAGAGCAGUGUGCAGGUGGAGUCACUGGUGAGUGAGGUGUUGGGACAAUUGCUCCAGGAGGUGUCCUCAACCGAGAUCAAGGUGGAACAGGAGCGUGUUGCUGAAGAGAAACGCAAGCUUGAAGAAGCCAGGAGGAGGCAGGAGCACAAGGCUUUCCUGGCUCAGUUCAGCUGCUCUAUCUGCACAGAGAUCAUCAACGAGGUUUUAGAUGAGACCAUCAAGGAAACUUCCACUUCUGAGAUACAGCUGGCAGUGAAUGAGAAAGCAGAACGUGUGGCUAAAUGCACAGAGCAGGUCUGCACCAGUCUAGUUGAGGAGACUCUGAAUGCAGAUAUAGCUCUGAUGGUUGAAGAAAUCCUCGAUGCUGAGCUGCAGCGUAUCCACAAGUACAUCAAAAGGUGGCGUGAUGUGGUCGCGGUUCGUCGUCAGCUAAAGAGACAGAUGAGAGGUUUCCCUGCAGCUCCUUGCUGUGUGGACCCUCGAUUCAAACUCAGGGCUCUAGCUCCCAGUGCCCCUGCACAGCCCUCCAUAGAAGAUCUGGCCCGUGGUCUGGUGAACCUGGGAAAUGCCGGCACCUUAGCCAUGUCAAGCACCAGGUUAUUCAGAAUGAGGCAAGAAGCAAUCCACCAGAUGAGAGUCCACUACUACUAUCAGCAGCUGCUUGAUGAGAUGGUGUGGGCGCCGCUCGACCUGCCGGCACUGGUGUCAGAAAACAUCCCUGACCCACCGGAGCGAAUCUAUUGGAAACUCGCUCUCCUCUUACCCAGCAACCACGAGAGUGUAGCCGGCCUGGCAGACAGAAUCCUGUCAGACUGGCUGGAGGUGAAACUCGGUGGUGACAAGGCGUCAGAGGUCGGGGAGGAGCAGCCUGAUGGCACUCUGCAGACCCUGUGUGUCACCAACACACUGCAGGAGAGAGGACAACACACUCACAAAGUCCACAUCAGCAUCAAGGCGUCCCGAGGCCCACUGACUGAAGACAGCCUGUCUAAGAUGGAGGAGAGCUGCGAGCUCUGUGGGACAGGAGCUCUGAUCAUGUUGCUCCCUGCCAUGCCCGCCAUCGAGCCGGGGCAGGACGAGCAGGAUGUACCUCUGCUGUCAGCUCUGCUUCAGCUUAAACAGCUACAACAAGCCAGCACAUGGCAUUGCCCACUGCCUCUGGUCAUUCUGGUGCCAGGACCUGAUGGUGGCGCUGGUGAUACACAGAAACUUGUAGAAGCCCUGAUGCUGCACACGAUGGUCAUGGAAGGACUGAUAUCAGAGUACACGUUCUUCUUCAUACCAGAGACCACAAGUGACGUCCAGGGAUCCAAACAGCUAAGCCACUCUCUGCGUUGGUUGCUGGCCCGUGCUCCACCAUCCCACCCCCUGUCCUGCCAGACCCUCGUGCAGCUUGUAGAGUCCAGUUUGAGUCGUGAGUUCACUCCCAGAGUUCACGGCCACCGUCAGGAACGAGGCGCCGCACGUCUUCCUUCCCAGGACCCCGUACCCAUCAUCCAGCUGUACAAUGCCAUCCUGGCUCACAUUGCUGACGCAGUAUCAUCGCAGGAUCUCAGCAAACUCUCGUGGCCACCGGGCGAGUUCUGCCUGCCUGAAACCCGAGAUUUUGUUCCUCACCUGGGCUGGAACUCAGCGCAGCACCUGGCAUGGCUGCGCAAAGCCAUCCUCAGCCUGCAGCUGCCACAGUGGGAGCAGCUUUCGGCCACCGACUCAUGGUGUGAACUCUGCUCCUCCAUCUAUUGCUACGCUGCUCAGAUCCCAGUCUCAUGUCGCAGUCAGCCUCUUCUAAUGUCACGACUGGAAAACCUUCUGGAAAGGGUCAGGCUAAAGGGUCACCGUACCCGAGCCAACAGAUCCGAGGCAGCCAUGGGAAGCUGGGGCAAUGGAGAUGGCAGUGUGUUUACAGCCUAUAGUCAGAUCCCUUGGGACGACGUGCUGGUGAUUUGCAUUGACCACAAGCUGAAAGAUUGGCAGUUACCCGGGCCACCUGCCUGUGAAGAUGCUGUGACAGAGGAAGGAGAGAUCCUGAUUUACUUCCUCACAGAAUCACUGAAGGGUUUCCAGCCCCCUGAGGAGUGGACCCAGGCCACCAGACAAACACACAGGGAGAAGCAGCAGCAGGAGGAGAGAGGGGCAAGUGCAGCUGCGUGUGCCUCACCCACCAGUCUGUCCCUCAGACAGAGGUUGUUCCACAGUUUUGCGGAGCCGCCCGAGGCCCCGGCAGCCUCAUUGGACAUCACACACACUCCCACAACACAAGAGCUGCUGGCCCACAAAGUCCUGCAGAGUUUAGAGGAGGAGAAGGCUGAAAGCAAGAGGAGUAUGGAGCAGCUUCAGCGUUGGCUGGAUGGCGACCCCUUGGACCAUUUGUCCACACCGCUCUUCAUUCCAUCCUCCACCCUGCUAUCCAUGCCCACAACUAUAAUUCACGCCCCCACAGCCAAGACGAGAGAUGCCACACAGGAGCCUGAUGACCGGUUGGAGAAUGCAGGCUGGCCGAGAACCAUUCCUGUGUCUAUGGCAUGGCGACUGAAAGAGCUCGAGCGGCAGAUUUUAGCGAGCCGAGAGGAAGAGCUGGCCUGCGGACUGAAGCUGAGCGGUCUGCUGAGCAUUGUCGAUGACUAACGGACUGUUGCUGCAGAAAUAUCAUCACAGCUACACAAAUGUUUGGAAAGUCAGGACACAUAGGCCUUUCGCCUCCAAAGACAAACUACUUUGUGUUUGCUGAGCUCAUGCUGAGUCUCUGGGUUCACAUUUCUGUGAAUUUUUCAUCUGAUAGUCUGUUGAGGACAAAUUCACUGAUUGCAGCCAUUCGUCUUUGUUAAGGUGUGGGUAUUUGCAAGUAGAGAAUAAAACUAAGGUUUUUAUUUUGUACCAGUAGUUUAGCAUAAUUAAAUAGCAUCUAACUGCGUGUUGUUUUUUACAUAAACUUGAUAAGACGCUGAUUCCAGAUGAGUGUAAUAUUUUUUUUGUCUGUGUGUAAAUCAAGUUGAAGCACUUGUUGUCCUUGUACAGUGAAUGGCUUCUGUUUGACCUUUUGACGGAUGAAAUGUUCGAUUAAUCAA